UUGACUAGUGAGAGGACACCACACGCACUGGCAACAUGUUUCUCAACUAAUCUAAUUCGCAAAUGCAGUGAUUUCAAGACAAGCUGCAGGGACCAAUUUAUAGUUAGGUUAUUUCCUAAUUGGGAUCAUGAUGUCCAGCGUGCGCCGACACAGCCUCCGCCUUCAGAGCGAGCUCCACCGCUGGAGCAUCUGCGACCCGGGCAGCCACCUGCUCCCCGACGGUCUCCUCGCCCGCGUCCCCGCCUGCAUCUCCCGGUCCAAGUCGUGCGCCAGCUCCGCCGGGGAGUCGGAUGGCGGAGGAAGCGGUCGCACCAGCUGGUCCUCCUCGUCCGACUCUGUCAUCUCAGCCGACUCGCCCACUCCGUACCGGGUGGUGCUGCUCGGGGCCGGCGGGGUCGGUAAGAGCGCCUUCGCCUGCAUCUUCUCCGGCGCCGCGGACAGCAUGGACAGCGAAGACUGCGAGUUGUGUGGAGAUGAAGUGCGUGAGAGGGAGUUUGAUGUUGAUGGAGAGGCUGCGACAAUCAUUUUGUUGGACACGUGGGAUUCAGAGAGUGACAGCGAAUGGGCUCAGGAGCGUCACAUGCAGUCGGGUGACGCCUUCCUGCUGCUGUACUCCAUCACCGACCGGGCGUCUUUCCAACGGGCGUCGGAGUUGCGCAUCAACCUACGCCGCCUCCGUCCCGCCCAACACACACCUAUCAUCCUGGUAGGCAACAAGUGUGACCUGGUGCGACGCAGAGAGGUCUCCACCAAUGAGGGCCGUGCCUGCGCCGCAGUGUUCGACUGCAAGUUCAUCGAGACCUCCGCCGCCAUGCAGCACAACGUUUGGGAGGCCUUCCGUGGCAUCGUGCGCCAGCUGCGUCUGCGCAGAGACUCCAAGGAAGGCAAACGCGGCGGGCGGGGUGUCGGUCGCCCCCGCCGGGAGAGCCUCCCCACCAAGGCCAAGCGUUUCCUCGAUAAGAUGGUGGCCAGGAACAAUCCCAGCGUUGCGUUCUGGCUCAAGUCCAAAUCCUGCCACGACUUGUCUGUUCUGUAAGACAAUGUUUGGCACUUUGCUAAAAGACUGAGGAGUGGGCUCACGGAGCAAACGAACACUAUUAUGAGGGGCGUUUAGGAAGAGUUUGAUGGACAAAAUGGCAAUAUUUGCUGUUUAUAAUGAACUCGGGAACAAGCAGGAUGUUUCAUAUAAUUCUCAUAAUAUUUGUGUUCAGUCCUGCCUGUCUGUUGACCCUUUUAUUGUAAAUGUUAGACUCCUUUUUUUUUUAAAUUAUUAUUAUUAUUUAUACACAAGAUUCUGUUAUGAGGUCCGGCAUAGGUCAACUCUCACAUUUACUCAUUACACACACUAAAAUCUCUCAACUUGAUUCAUUAAACCGUGGUUUGUGGAUAACAGAGAUUUAUCGGAAUGUGUGAGUUUUGUUGUUGUUGUUCUGUUUGUAUGAGUGUUUUUUAAUGUGUGUGAGUUGUUUUGCAUGAGAGUGUUUUAUUGUGUACACUUCAAAAACACACUUCCUUAAAACUCGUUAAAUCCCCUUGUUUUCAGUGUAAAUCUAUUAGAAAUAAGUGAAAUUAUCUGCCGAGGCUUUCAGUAAAUUUUACUCAGAUUUCCUGAAAUAAGAAAAAUAGCUAGCUAAAAAUAAGCUUAACUGACUUAUUUUGAGCAAUAAAUUAGUAUAUUUGAUCUUAUAAAAGGUUUUAAAUGUUCUUAAUUCAAGAAUAGAUAUUGUUCAAAACAUUAUAUGAAAGCCAUUUUUUCUUUAUUUAGGUGAAAAAUCCUUUUAGAUGGAUGGGCUUAAUAAAUGCAAAUAAGUAAGUGGAAUAAUCAUACACAUUAAUCUUUUACCUAGUCUUUAACACUCAAAACAAGAUGGAGAAAAUUAUUUGACUAGAUUUAAGAAAAAUAAUCUUAAUAAGACACUAGAAACUAAUUUCUGGAGAAAUUACAAUGGCGCUAUGCUGUGGUUGAUACAGAUCUAUCAGGUCACUUCCUGUUAAUUUGGGGACAUUUUGGGGACACGUCCUGUUGAUAUCAGGUCACUUCCUGUUAAUUUGGAGACUUUUCAGGCACACAGGUUUUUCUGCCUUUGAAAAUGAAUGGGAAAUUUGGACGUACAUGGUCAUCAAUGGCAUCGACUUACUUGGGCGCCAGUUGAAUGCCAAUGCUGUUAUGGUAAAAAAUCACAAGGACCUGUUUUCCUGCCAUUAAAAAUGAAUGGGAAAUUUUGAAAUACAAUGCUGUCAAUGGCAUCCCAUUAUAAAUGAAUAGGACCGUUUUUGGCGAAUUUUGGGGGAAUGUUGUCAUUCAGCAUAAGAAUGACAACAGAAAUAUGUCAUCACAUGUAACUGACUUUCCGAUAAUUGAAUUUAAAGAGGAAGAUCAGAAUUUUUCCCAUAAGGCUUAAUCUUCGAGUGAGCAGAGAUUUAAUUAGUCGAUGGAGUUGAUUUCAACCAUCAUUGACUCUCGCCAGCUAGGCCAUUCUGGAGCCGUGAAACUAACAAAUAACUGACAAAUUGCAUGGAAUUUGUUGAAAUCAACUCCUCCGAUUAAUUAAAAUCCGACUAACUCGAAGAUUAAGCCUAAUGUCAAAGAUUCUGAAUUUCUGGUUAGGUGCAAUGUGCAACACGAAUAUGAUAUAAACAAUGCUCGCCGUUAUGUAGUUUUGCUGUUGCAACAGCAAAACUAUCAAACGGCCACGCAUGCAGCAGCUCCAACCUAUUGCUGGAACCCUUCAGAAUGAAGGAAAAAUACUCACGUUCAUUCAUAGAAGCACACAGAUCAACGUUCCGUCACACAUCUCAACAGGUGGCUGCACUCGAUUCGAAUGUUCACCUGUGCUGGCACGCGCCUUUCUCAGUGCCAAAACGCUUAGCGGGUGUGACUCGAGACCAAAACAGGAAGUAAAUGUGAGCGGUUACGAUGGAAACGAACACGCGCGAACCAUUCUUAAAUUUUCCAUUCAAAAAGCUUUUCGUACAUGACUACAAUAGUCUGCAUUCUACAAACAUUAUGAGGCAAUAACAAAAUAGUAAUACACAGACACUAAGGAAACUAACUUUCAUUAGAUUACUGGUUUGGAAAAAUCAACAUGUUAGAUUACUUGUUACUGAAAGAAAGUAAGUAAGUUACUAAGUAACGCGUUAGUGACAAAACUGUUUAUAAGUGUAUGAUUUUUUUGUGUAAUUUGUUCUGCAUGUGUGAGGCUGGGGAAUUUUUGAGAUGGUCUAGUGAGGGAAACGAUUUCUGUUUUUUUAAGAGGGUUUUGUCAUGCCGUAUGUAUACGUAUUGCUUGUUAGAACUUUUCGCUGAAUGUGUGAGCUAGUUUUGUGUUGUGUGUAUGGCAAAUAUUGACUUUGGUCUAUGCAAUACCUCAUAUCAGCAUAAUUCUGUGUCAUGUUACCACUUGUAUGUAGCUUACCGUGUUGCUUAUUGAAAAGGGAACUCAUGAUAAGACAAAAUCUUCUUUGUGUGUUCUCGGGUGUGACUCACUUUUAACACAAUGUAGUUACAUGGGAACCGCUAUAAAUAACAGAGCGACGGAUGACUCACGGGUGAUAAUAAUGUCACAGUGAAUAUUGAAAAGACUCAAUUAGUGCGUGAUUAGGUGGUGAGGGUCUAACGGAGGGUUGGGGCUUGAAGUGUGACAUGUUGAUUGAUGCCAUUGUUGGAAAAAAUGGGAAAAAAUGAAUAUGUUACCAAGGAAACAUCGCUAGUAGGACGUGUAUAUGUUGCUAGAGUGGCAAAACUGAACAACUACAUGAGUGUGUUGUAAGACCUGGAGGCCUCUUCCUCAACUUGUCAAACAGAAGGUGUUGCCGCAUGCUGGCCUGCGUUAUGACAUAAUCCACACGAAUUGGCCACUUUUGUGCGAGGCGUCGACAGUCGCGGGUUGUGUUAAAGCAGCCCUGCUGCUAUCAAAAUGGUGACUCAUUCACUCACAGGCGCUGCAGUUAAGGAUUCACAGUCGUCGCCUCUCUUGUCCUCCUCCGCAGGAUGUUUGCAAGAUAACCACGCUGGUGUUUUGAUGUGUAAAAACGCUACAUAGUUGAUGAGUGGUGAAGGCAGGUUAGCGAGUGUCGAGGUCAAUUGUUCAUGGGCGACCACUGUGAUCGAUCCAUCAGUACUAUUGACGGCACAAGGCCUUAUCAGUCAUUGGUGCUAAUGGAAAAUCUGACAGGAAGCGGCCCACUAGCGCAGGUCAAAGUCUGACAAGAUACAUGCCGUUGAGUCGGAACACGUCUUAACAUUUUUGUCUAUUGGUAUAUGGUUGAGAAUAAGGAUGAGGGCUAUAUUUGAGUUCGAAGGGUUUGCAAAAAAGCCUCUUGGCAGUCCAUUGUGAACUUCUGUUUAAAUUGUCGCCGUCUAAAAGCCAUGCAAGAAAAUUUGUGAUGCAAAAAUUGAGUCAUAAUGGACACUGUAUGAAUCACGAUAAGGUACUUGAACAUUGUGAUCUCUAUCA